AUGUCUAACCCAAACGUGCCUCUGAUCAUCGACAACCAAAACCUGCUAACCCAGGUCACCUUUGACGUUGUCAACCCUACCAAUGGCGAGAUUCAGCACAGGUCCAGCACGUCAGGCAUCAACCUGAUCAAGGACGUCGGGGGCAAGAUUUCGAGCAUUUCCGGCUCCAUCCCUACGCUGCUUGGCGAAGAAGACCAUGGCCUCAUUUACAAGGAGCCUUUUGGAGCGAUCCUAGCUAUAGCGCCGUGGAAUGGACCCUAUAUUCUGGGCGUACGUAAUGUGGUACUUCCGCUCGGGGCUGGAAACACGGUCAUCCUCAAAGGCUCCGAAAUGGCCCCGCGAAGCUUUUGGGCUGUCGGAGACGUAUUCCGCCAAGCCGGGCUCCCAGCAGGCUGCCUGAACGUGCUCUAUCACCGCCCUCAAGAUGCAGCCCAGGUGACGGCGGCUUUGAUAGCCCAUCCAGCCGUCCAAAAGAUCGGCUUCACCGGCAGCACGCCGGUGGGCAAGAUCGUGGCCUCAAUGGCAGGGCAGCAUGCGAAACCCAUCAUUCUGGAGCUCGGUGGCAAGUCGAGCUGUAUCGUCCUUGACGACGCAGAUGUUGAGAAGGCUGCCAUGGGCUGUGCAUUGGGGUCCUUCAUGAAUGCCGGCCAAGUCUGCAUGUCCACUGAACGGAUCAUCGUACAAAAGUCCAUUGUCGAGAAGUUCCGCACUGCUUUCAAAUCAGCAGUCGAGUCGACAUACGGCGCAUCUCAACCGGCACCUGUACUGAUUAAUCAGCGAGCAGUGCUGAAGGCAAACAAGCUAGUUCGAGAUGCCGUCCAAAAGGGUGCCCAGAUCAGUAUGGGUAACCUAGAGGAAGAAGUUGUCAAUACAUCCAUGAGACCGAUUGUAAUGGAAGGCAUUACCAGGGAGAUGGAUAUCUACAAAACUGAAUCCUUUGGGCCAACCGUCUCACUCUUUGUGGUUGACAAUGACGAAGAAGCUGUGGCCCUGGCUAACGAUACGGAACAUGGACUGACAGCUGCUGUAUUCUCGGGAAAUGUAGGCAGAGCUUUAAAGCUGGCUCAGGACAUUGAAUCUGGCGCCGUCCACAUCAACUGCAUGACAAUCCACGACGAGGCUUCCCUGCCCCAUGGCGGAGUUAAGGAGAGCGGCUUCGGCAGGUUUGGAGGUGCUGGUGGCUUCGACGAAUGGCUGAAGCUGAAAUCAGUUACUUGGAGAGUUUAG